ACAGCAGUUUCCGAUAACGAAUGAGUACCAUCACAUUGAUCCCGACCGACGUCGUUGCAAGUUGCAAGUUGUUGUCUGGACCGUUUACGUGGGCACAGUCAUCAGUGGCGUUGUGGAUUUGUGCGGCGUCAAACCGAAUGACAGUCUAGUCGUGGCCGGCGGCGUAGAUAAUAUUUCGAUAAACGAUAAUAUUGUCGUCAUCUACCACAACCACACAACGACGUAAUAAAUCGCCAUCCGAUCUACCAACGUUUUUUGGGAUCGCACUCGUCGACAUGGAUGGAUCGACAACCAGUCCAACGAAAAAAAUGUCGAAAGCCGAUCAGCUCCUGUCGAAGCUACCACCACCGACGAUGUUGCCCAGUUUUGUCACAGACGCUCUGAAUGUAGAGCCCAGACCUGUGCCAAUCAACCCUGUGUUGAACGCAACAGACGUGACUAGUCAAAACUUUCACACUCCGAUGUUUUCGCCUGUAAUAACUAGUAAAAAUGAAGAAAAUGUUGAAUUGCCCACGAGUCCUUCCAAUGAAACAGUUGCUGAUAAAGCAGUUAAAAGUGAACAGUCAUCUAGCAAAGCGGAUUUGUUUAACUGGAUGAAGGGCAGUAGCUCUAGUAUUUUUUCAAUGGUUGCUGAAAAAGCAAAGAAUUCUGUGGACGCAGUACUCACCACAUUAGACCCGCAAAUGAAAGAUACAUUAAAUCCCAACACUUUUGAUAAUACUGAUAUUGUUGUUGCUUCCGAAAAAGAAAUUGUUGUCAGUGCAGUAAGAGAGGCAUUUCAAAAAGUUUUUGGAAAGGCAGUCGUCAGAGGACUUGAAGCACCAGAUCAACCUUUUGCUGCACAACUGGUUGGAUUUUCUGCCGCAUCCAAAGCCACAAAAUAUUGCAUUGAUUCCGUUAGAUUACAUGUAGUGAAAGGUCCUGUCGUCUCCUUUGAAAGAUUUAUUGUAGAACCGAUAGAAUCCAAAUGGUAUGAAUUUGGUCUUUUGAAACUCAAUGACAUGGAACGAAAUAUAGAUUUAGAAGUGUACACCCAAAGCGUUCCUGUACCUGCAGCAAUUGUUGGAUUGAUUAGUGACGAUACCCCCAAAGAUUAUGAACACAUCUCAACUGGAUUCAGUAUACCUGUCGCACAUUUCAUGGCCAGCAAUUUAAAAGUACAUCCAUCUGAGUGGCAAGAAGUAAUGACUGGUGUGAGCCAACGAUCGUCUUUAUUAGCUGCUUCAGUGUCUUUGGCCAUGUCGUACAAAAUUGCUCUGGAAUAAUGACAUUUUUUAGUUUAGCUUGAAAACAUUUAUCAAUUAAUAUUUUAAUAAGAUUAUCAAUUAUUUACUGUAAUAAACUUUGUUAUAAACUUGUAUUUUUUUCCUCCCCCAAUGGAUUGUGAUUUUUAAUUAUUUUUUAUUGUGCGCACGCUGUUAUUUUUAGAUAUAUAUUUGUACAAUAUGUCUAUACUUAUUACUUAAUUAAAGUAUCUAAUUGCUAUUUGGUUA